CCCAACAGGGACAGAGAUUCGGAAGAAUGAAAGACAACGCAGAGCAGUGAAAUCCAGAUUAUAGAGUUUAUCGUGUUGGAAUGUAUCCGUUUUUUUCCCUGUCUGGAGUCUCCUGAUUUUUUUAAAAUUUAAACUCUGAGCUGUUCUGAUCGUGUAGAAGGGAGCUGAUCAGGAGCACUGAGGGAGUGGAGCAUGUGAAAGUUUAUUAUUAUUAUUAUUAUUAUUAUUAUUAUUAUUAUUAUUAUUAUUAUUAAUGAGUCUUUUAGCAGACGCUUUUCUCCAAAGCGACUUCCAGAGACUAGGGGGGUGAACUCUGCAUCAUCAACAACUGCUGCUGCUGCUGCUGCAGAGCCACUUCCAAUAGGACCUCGUUUGUUUUGCGUCUCAUCCGAAGGACGGAGCACAAGGAGGUUCAGUGACUUAUUCAAGGUCACACACACGCCGAGCCGGUUGAUUUGAAUCUCCUGGUAUCAAGACCUCUUGUCUUUAACCGCUGGAGCACCAAGUGAAAGCAAAAGUCGGGGAAACGGAAACACUUCUUGUGAUGUUUUACAUGAGAAUGAAGACAAGAUCCCAAGGGCAGAUUUUCCUCAUUGUCUUGAGUUUUCUACCAGCGGCUUCUACAAACAGAGAAACUGUUAUUGGUGCCGCUCAGCCCAUCAUUGCCGGAGCCAGACAACAGACCACCCUGCCCUGCCUCUUAACCCCAGCUGUCAGCACCCUUCACCUGGAAGUGAGAUGGUUCAGAAACAGCUUUGCAAGUCCCGUCCAUUUAUAUAAAGAUCUAAGUGACCAGACAGCGACGCAGGACAGUGGCUAUCACGGGAGGACCAGCCUCUUUGAAUCGGAGCUGACGAAAGGAAACCUCUCUUUGAUCUUGAGAAAUCUCCGUCCGUCCGACAGCGGCGUCUAUUCCUGCUUCGCCUCCGACGGAACCUGGAGCGCCGAGGCAAAGACGGAACUCGUGAUCAGAGCUGUGGGGACCCAGCCCUCAAUCUCUGUGGACUCUACACAAGGACAGCAGACCCGGCUGGUGUGCAGAUCAGAGGGGUGGAGCCCUGAACCUGAAGUGAUCUGGAGAGACAGGGAUGGAAACGAUGUGACAUCACUAUCCAGCACAACCGUGGAGAGGAACACACAGGGCUACCUCCGGAUCCGCAGUUACAUUGACGCGGAGACGCAGACCAAAGGGUUCUCUUGCCUGGUUCGGAUUAAACAGCCACAUCCAGAACCGGAUACGAAACUUCAGUUACCCAGUAGUUUUCUCCCAGGUAUCUCGGGGUGGGUCGUGGCUACCUCAGUGAUAAUCGCUCUUGGUAUUGCAGCCGUCCCUCCUUUACUGAUCCAGUGGAAAGUGAAUGAGAGCUCCUUAUAUCCACCAGAGAGCGAGACCAUCACAGCAGAUACAAUGGAGCCAACGUAUGUUGGGAAGCAUGUCUCUAAAUCAGAUUGUAAGCUGGUCUGCGGUCCAGAUGGAGAGACGCCCGUCGCUAAAUCAGAAUGGAAGCGUAUCUGCAGCUCAGCAGUUGAUGUGACUCUGGAUCCCAACACAGCCCACCCUCUCCUCAUCCUCUCCGGGGAUGGGAAACGCGUCCGAUGGGAAGUGGAACAGCAGGACCUCCCCGACAAUCCCGAGAGAUUCGACUGGUGGCGCUCUGUGCUGGGGAAAGAGGGAUUCACCUCCGGGAGGCACUACUGGGAGGUGGAGGUGGGGGAGAACCACCGCUGGAUCUUGGGAGUGUCCCGGGAGUCGAUCCACAGGAAGGGGGUGAUGAGGUGGAGCCCAGGGGAGGGGUACUGGGCCGUGGGGAGAGACGGAGAGCCGUUCCUGGCUCUCACAGAUCCUCCAGCCCCUCUACCAUUGAGACAGGCUCUCAGGAAGGUGGGCGUGUAUCUGGACUAUGAUAAGAAGCAGCUCUCUUUUUACAACACGGAGACCAGAUCUCUUGUCUGCACUUUAUCAGACAACUUCUCGGGCAAACUCUACCCGGUCUUCUUUACUUUAGAUGUGAAAACGGAUCUGGUUAUUGUGCCCCCUGUUAGCACUGUUCAGUAAAACAGCGGAUUCGCUAAGCAUGGGGUGAUAAAGAUGUAGUCAAAAGUUUUGCAUCACCUAGAAUUUUAGGAUUGAGACAAUCUUUAAAAAAAAAAGAAAAAAAACUAUAUGAACAUAAUUUAGAUGUUUUAUUUAAUAUGGGCAGCAG